AUUCGAAAUAUUGCCAUAUUAGUUGUAUUUUAAGAGUCGUACUUUGUGGUUGUUGUAAGCGCGUGAAACGCAACUAACCAAAAUAUAAUAAUAAUAAUAAUAAAAACAGAAAAUAAUAAAUAACAUUAAUUUUAUGCAUUGAAAAGAAAUGUAAAAAAUAUAUUAAAAUUAAAUAAAAAUACAAAGUGAAAACAAAAAAAUAAGAAACCCCAAAAAGAAAAGCAAAAAAUGAAUGAAAACAGAAAAUAAAAAAAAUAAUUAAAUGAAAAAAUAAAGAAAAAUAAAUGGUAUGGAAAAUAAAUUAUAUUUGAAAUAAAUAUUUUUUACAACGAAUUCCAAUAGUUUACUUUUGUUGAUGUGGAAUUUUGACGAAAACCAAAAUGUGAAUUAUUGCCGUUGCAUGCCCAAGAGAGUGUGUGUGUUUGUGUUUCUGUAAAACUAAACGAAAAUUCGUAAACGUAUUGUUGUUGCUUUGCUUUUUGUUUUAACAACAGUUAGCAUUAAACAAAAAUAAAAUAAAAAAAAACAAAACCUAUCGAACGAUUGUUUGUUCGAUUUGUGUGUGAGUUCGAAUUCGUUUUGUUACCAAUUUUCGCUGGGUUGCUGUUUCGCCGCGCCGUAACGUUGAACAACGGUCACGGAAUCCCCCUCGCGCGCCCUCUUCUUUUCACCCAAUUCAACACCAAACAAUCAAGAACCAACCAACCUGGCUUUGACUGUGCGGCAUUUAUCCAACCCGCAUUCCCCCCACGCCCGUCUUCAAAAUUAUUAUGAUUUCAAGUUUUGUCAUCGUCAUUAUUAUUUUGAAGUGAAUUCUGUUUUAAUAUUGAUGACAGUGUUUAGGCAUUGAAAUAAAGCCAGAAGUUAACGUGAGAGAGAAAAAAAUUAACAAAAAUUGAAAAAAAUAUAUAUAUUUUCGAAAAAACAAAUACCUGUGUGUGUGCGUCUGAUUCCAAACUCUCUAAAUGCCAUAAAUUGCCGUUUUUUUGUUGUUAAUGUUUUGGAUUUUUUUUUGUGGAUCUCUCCCUCUCACAUUACGCUUACGACGAUCAUUCUGUUUGGUUUUAUUAACACUCACCAAUACCAUCAAACGACCGACCGUAGCUGCUGUGAGCAUUGUUUUUGAAGUUCGAAAAUAUCUUUUAAAUUUUAAUUGAAAAAAAAAAGAAGUACGAAAUACAAUAUAACCAAGAAAUGCUGGUAAAGUGAAACAGCAAAAAUACAAAAAAAUUAACAAAAACCAACACCACCACCACCACCACAACAAUGUGCUAAGUUAAUAUUUUCACUUUUUUCGCCAAUUUUGAUGUGAUCUUCGUCGAAUAUGAUUUUUUUGUGGCUUUUUGUGAAAAUUUAUAAUUUAUGUUUUUAGAAAUUUCUUCUUGUGAGUGAAGUGAUUGCAAUUGUUGUUUUGGCGUAAAAUUUUAUCAUUGUUGUUGUAAUCUGUGGCUUAUUUUUUCUGCACUGUGUUGUUGGUCUGUUUGUGUGUGUUUUUUUUUCUGCGGGAUUUAAACAAUAAUCAGCUGUACUUGAAUUAAUGUUGGAUUCCAAGUGAAAAUAAAGUUAACCAAAAGAAAAGAAAACUCCAAGUUGUAAACAAAACCUGUGGAUUUUUUUUUUUGUUAAAUACCUAUCUCAACUAAUUAAGAUAGACGUCUCUCCUCAUAAAUGAAAAGCAACAGCCCAUUUAUGUUAAUGGCAGAAUUUAAAGAAUUUUAAAGAUGCCAAGUUAUCGUCAAUAUUUAUUUCUAUCUAAAAUGCUUCAUUAGCGUUUUAUAGACAAGACACUGCAGUCUUGUUUUGAGAAAAAAAAAAAAAAAAUAAAUAAAGGAAAGAAAACAUUACCCGGAACAGCUUCUUAGAAAUUUCGAAUCGAAACAUCAUAAUCAUCAGAGUAAUCAUCAUCUGCGUCAACAAAUACCAUUCGUCCUCAUUUGCCGACUUCCCAUUAGCUGUAGUUCCAGUACCACCACCACACCUACCCGUUAUAGUCUUCCGUAAAUAUCAAUGCAAACGGUUUGAAUUUAUCGGUUGUUAAACUCAAGUGAUAACUUUAUUAAUUAAGGCUUUGAAAAAACGAAAUUAAAUACCACAUACCCAACACCACCAUCACCACUCACUUCUCCACCUCCUGCUCCCAUCAUUGCUUUUUUAUCAAACAUGCCAUAUAUUCCCAAUAUCAGUAGUAAAAUGAGCAACAAAAUGAGCAGCAACACCUCUUUGGACAAUACCUCCGAUCAGGAUUACAGUGAAUUCCUCAAUGAGUAUUUGUUGCAGACCCACUCGCCGCACAAUGAACCGGAAACUCAUUAUGAAGAGGGUGAAUUCGAAGCUGAGUGGUUAAUUGCUGCCGGUUUUCCACAAUUAACCAAACCAUUUGAACAGGGUCUUGAAUUGAGAACCUCUGAAUUGGAACCGAUUUUAGCGUCCUUGUCCAAACCUCAUGCCGAUGCCAUCAAACAAAGAGUUCGUACACUCAAUCAAACGGUACGAGGUCGUACCAAGAAUCGCCAGAAACGUAAGCCCGAUAUCAGAGAUGUUUUUCGAGACUUUGAUGAAUCAAGUACCGGUACCCGAUCACGCAGUGCAACACCAGAUUCAUUGGAUUCAAUACAAGGCGAUGAAGUGUGGGGAAAUACAUCAAUACCGAGUUUUGUUAGUAUCUUCGAUCACAACACACCCAACGACAAUGGCAAUGGACACUCACCGCUGUUUUCGGGCAAAAGUCUUAAGCAAAAAUUACGUCGCACCCCAAGUGCUCCCCUAAAAGGUUCUACCGACAUAUUUCGUGGCAAUCAUGUACGCUGUGAUAUUCCCAUGUACUCGGCCGAGGGUAUUGAACUGUUGGGCUUCUCGCGCAUUGGUACCAUACACAUACCCAGAAAUAGGAAUAGAUCGGGGUCGGAUCCAUCGUGUUCCGUGGGUCGUGCCCGUGGCGAAAUGAUGACCCAGGACUCUCAAAGUGAUAACAAUACAUCUUCAAGUGAUUCCAGUGAUGAAUGCCUUUCGAAUCAUCAAAGGUUGUCGAAUUCAUCAUCCCCCGAAUCAACACCCCAAAAGAUAUUGAACAAAAUCCAUUUGGACACACCACCCCAGAGUGUGCAGAAUUCGCCGUCAUCGCGUGAUGGUAUUAGCUUUGAGAGUAUGUGCCGUGAGACCUCUAGUCAAGAUGGAGUGGAUACUGUCGAUAGCAGUGAUUUAUCAUUGGAAUUUUACUCCGACAUUGAUACAAUAAACGAAACCGAAUUGAAGCGUUUACAACCUUUAUUCUGGUUGGAAUUGGCUUCCAUAUUCGAUCGCAAUCAUGUCCAGCUGGACAAACGGAAACCUGUCAAGCGCCGCCGCAAGGAGGAGGGCAAACUGUUUGGUGUCUCCCUAAAUGCUCUGAUACGCCGCGAUCAGCAGAUCACCGGUACAGAUUCAACAUUGGUGCCUUUGUUUCUGGAGGGACUAUUGGAUGAACUGAGCAAACGCGGUGCCCGCGAAGAAGGUAUUCUACGUGUCGCCGGACACAAACAAAAGACUGAAUUACUUUACCAAGAACUUGAAUCGAGUUUCUAUCAAAAACCAAAAAAAUUCCAACAGCUCUUGAGCUCAGCUAGUGUCCACGAUUUGAGCGCCCUGCUCAAACGUUGGCUACGCGAAUUGCCCCAACCCCUGCUCACCAAUGAACUCAUCCAGUUAUUCUAUCAGUGUCAUGCUCUCCCGCCCACAGAUCAAGCCAAAGCCUUGGCCAUUAUUUGCCAAAUGUUGCCGCACGAGAAUCGCAACACCCUGCGUAGCCUGCUGCGUUUCUUGAACUAUGUGAUCGAUCAAAAGGAAAUGAACAAAAUGAAUUUGCACAAUGUGGCCACCAUAAUUGCCCCGUCAUUCUUUCCGCCUCGCUUUGUGCAUCCGAUCGAUAAGAACAGCAUAGAGGAUCAGGUGAAAAUGGCCGCACAAUGUUGCCGCCUCACAAAUGUGCUGAUAACACGCGGCGAAUCGUUGUUCCAAGUGCCAAAUAAUCUGAUAGAAGAGUCCAAAGCAUCGAAUAAGAGACAGGGCAAACGUGGUCUUCAUCGGCGGGUAAAGGCAACCACAUCCCUGCUGCAUCUAUGUAAGUUUAAUUCUUUGCUAGAACAAAUGAAAUGUUGCAUAGAAGUUGACGACUUGUAAUUUCGUGCAAAGGCAUUUUAUGUCCUCUUUUAUUUUCGUCUGCUAUAUCAUCAUAAUACCUGCAAUUUAUCCUUAGCUUUAUUUAAUUUCUAAGAAAUCUUAGUCACAUUUUUAGUGCUGUAGAGUACGAUUACUCUACGAUUUUAUGUUCUGCAUUUCAUCAAAAUUGCUUUUUUGUGAUUGGCUUUAAUUGAUAAUAUCAAAAAGAUACAUUUAUUUCCGUUUUUUUUUUGUUAUUUUAAUUUAAUUUUUUUUUUUCAAUAAAAAAUCAAGUCAACAUCCUAAAUGGAAAAAAUAUUGAAACGUUUCAAAAAAUGUAUUCCAACAUGGAGUCAUCUGAGCACUUUUCUUCCCAUUCUGUGUAAAAAGUUGGCCCAACACAGUUUCCAAAAGCCAUAAAAUUUGGGGAUCAAUGCCAUUACAUCUCCAAUCUGGCAAUGUUAUAUGAAUAGUUCUAUUCCAACCAUUCAAAUGCAAAUGUAGUUGUGUUGACUUUUCCACAUCUCGUUUUAUUUUACUUUCUUUUUUAAGUUUAAAAGCGUAAUUUCAUAACUUUCAUGAAAUCCUUUUAAUUUUUUCAUAAUUCACAUCUUUUUCCCAUCCUCCUUCAAAUACGAAAUACGAUCAAAAUUGUAUUAAAGAAAUAUUUUCUUUUAUUUUAAAAUACAUAAUUAGGUUAUAAAACAUUCAAACGCACAUUUUAGCUAAAUUUUCUUUUCACGUGGCAAUUCGAACGCCAAUUUGUAGGCGUUCGCAAAAAAAUACAUAAUCGAAAUUUUAUUUCCAUUGCUUUACUUUAUAUCUCGUUAUAAGUUCUCCAUGUAUUUGUAUUAUAUAAUUAUAGUUUUAAAACGCUAUAUUUUUUGCUAGUUUUAAUUUUUAUUUAGUCUUUUUCUUCUAUAAGUUUAGAGCGUUUGCUAAUUGUAUGGCAAUCGAUUUACUUUUAGUUAAGAAAAACACAAGAAAUAUUUUUUUUAAUUUUUGCUUAGUUGUAUUCUAAAAAUAAUAAUACAACAACAAUAAGAAAAAAAUACAAAUAUAAAGUGUGUACAUCUAGUAAUUGUGUCUUCGUGUACAUCAGGAAUAUUAAACCAAUAAAAAUGCAUAUGAUAUUUUUUUAUAAAAA